AUGCUCCACUACAACUCACGAGUUGCGAAUCAAUUCCCAGGAGUUGAUUUGAACGUUUUUCGGAAGAUUCACUAUCUGGAACUUCUGUCACAAAUGUUUGGAUUCCUAUUUUACACUUUCUACCUGAUAAUUUUUCUGGUUCACGGAAAAACAUUCUUCAUCUCCGAGCACACAUUCAAAGCGAUCUUCAUUAUUCAAAUGAUCACUUUCGGCGCGGCACUGGUCAUUCAGAAGUUUUCCUUUAUGGUCAACUCGGUAGAAUAUGUUACGUACUCAACAUUUCCAUUUAUUCCAAAGUUUGUGAUCUCCAUUUGUGAUCGGCUAGUAACGGCUCAAAUGCCUUUGUAUUGGUUUGUUGUCAGUGCUUUUCUCAUAAUUCAAAUUGCCCAAUUCGCUAAUCAAAAUCCACGCGGAAUUAAACUGGCACAUACCUACUUGAUACCUUACGGAAUAAUCAUUACCCUCAUUUCCUUCAUUACCCCGGAUCAUAUGAAACUUUUUAUGAUCGUCGUCUGCUUUCUAAUCUGGUGGAUUUAUCGAAAGCAUAUGAUUGCCCAGUUGUACAGCCAAGACAUGACCGCCCGCGACGUUUUGAAUAUGCGCCGGAUGAACAUCUGGCUGUCCAGUCAGAUUUUCGGGACACUGAUCUUCCAUCUGCUCGACUUAGGAAUGAUGCUGGCUAUCAAGUCGUCUGUGACUGACACUGGAAGACAAACCUAUUACGGAUUCUAUAAGAAUGAAGUAACAAACCAUUCAACAAACGAUAAAAAUCAAUGA